AUGAUAACAAGCAAAGUGGAUGAGUUGAAAGAAAUGAUAACCGGGAUACAAGGUAAGAAGGAAGCACGACGGUGCACCUACAAGGAUUUCAUGGCAUGUAAGCCUACAACUUAUAAUGGAGAAAUUGAUCCCAUCGAAUGCCAAAGAUGGAUAGCUAACAUGGAGGGAGUGUUCAUUCGAAGUCAUUGUGACAAAGAAGAUCAAGUCAUGUUUGCCACGGGGCAACUUUUACGAAGGGCUAAAGAUUGGUGGGAUUCGUAUAGUAAGGAGAACGGAGAGGAUAGAGUUCAAACUUUGACUUGGCAAGAAUUCAAACAACCUUUUAUUAAGUACCAUUGUCCACAAUCAGCCGUGGAUCGAAUCCAAGAAGACUUUCUCCGACUCCGACAAAAGUAUGAAUCAGUCAAUGAGAUCACGAACACUUUCCUUGAUCAGCUGAAGUUUUGCGAAGAAAUAGUCGGAACAGAGAGGAAGAAGAUUAUCCAUUAUCAUGGCAUGCUUAAAGCUGAAAUUCGGGAGUUCAUAACUCCUUCUAAAUGUGAAACUUUGGACGAGAUUAUUGACCAGGUAAGGGAUAGGGAAAUUGAGAUAAAAAGGCAGGCUAAGCGCGGGGAGAAAAGGCAAGUUGAGAAGGUAUCAACACAAGGUUCUUCUAAGAAACCUAAGACAAACGAGCAAGGAAAGAAAGAAGCUUCUAAAGGAGGGUUUCCACGAUGCAAAACGUGUGGAAAACCCCAUUCGGGAGAAUGCUUGUUGGGGAAGAAAGGAUCCGAGUGCCCGAAGCUCAAACAAGGGGUGAAGAAGGAAGGAAAGAAGGAAGAACCCGCCAAAGCUAAGGGAAGAAUGUUCCAAAUCUCCACGGAAGAAGCAAGAGCUCACCAGAAUGUGGUCUCAGAAAGAAUGUGUACACCACUUGAAGUAGAAAUAGCCGAUUGUAAGAGUUACCUUUUACACGAGAUAUGUGGAAACUGUAAGAUUACUAUAGAAGACGAAGAUUUUGAUGUUGAUUUGAUUCCCAUGGUCUUAGGAGAAUUUAAGGUAGUAAUAGGUAUGGAUUGGUUAUCCCGUCAUCAUGCGGAAAUUUUAUGUGAAAGUAAAAUUAUUCACGUGACAUCUUCUAGUGGAAGACGGGUAAGUAUUCAUAGGGAAAGGAAGGUAGAGACAAAACUUUGUACCAUCUUAGAAGCGGUUAAGUAUGUGAAGAAUGGGAGUAAGGCAUUCUUAGCCUAUGUUGUCGACACAAAAUGUGAUGCUCCGAGAACUGAAAAUACUAAGAUUGUGAACGAAUACCCGGAUGUGUUUCCGGAAGAAUUGCCGGGACUCCCACCCGAGCGAGAAGUCGAAUUCCGUAUCGAGUUGGAACCAAAUGCCAAGCCGGUAGCCAAGGCCCCUUACCGGUUGGCACCCGCGGAGAUACGGGAAUUAAUGAUUCAAUUACAAGAACUUCUUGAUAAGGGCUUCAUACGCCCUAGUGUGUCUCCGUGGGGAGCACCCGUUUUGGAAGUGCAGUUCUUAGGCCAUGUAAUUAAUGAAAAGGGGAUCUUGGUGAAUCCUUCUAAGGUAGAGGCCGUGAUAAAAUGGGUACCCCCGAAGAAUGUUAGUGAAAUAAGAAGUUUCCUUGGUCUAGCUGGCUAUUAUCGGAGAUUCAUCCAAGAUUUCUCCAAAAUAGCCCUUCCUCUAACCAAGCUGACAAAGAAAGAAGAAAAGUUUGAAUGA